AUGGCGGAUCCCAGCGGCUACUACGCUGUCCUUGGCGUGUCGCAGACGGCGAGCGAGGCGGAUGUGAAGAAGGCUUAUCGGAAGGAAGCUUUGAAGUGGCAUCCAGAUAAGAACCCUGACAACAAGGAGGAAGCCGAGAAAAAGUUCAAGGCCGUUGCAGAGGCCUACGAGGUACUGUCUGACCCCCAGAAAAGAGCAGCGUACGACCGUGGCGAGGCUUUUGAUGGGAGUGGCAUGGGUGGGUUCCACUCGGGAUUCAACGGGGACGCUUUCAGUGUCUUUGAGCAGUUCUUCGGUGGUCGCAAUCCAUUCGCCGAAAUGGAUCGGAUGUUCGAAGAGAUGCACAGGGGCUCCAGGCAAACUUGGCCGUGUCUGGGUCUGGGUCUGGGCGUGCAAGGCUUCGACGACCCUUUCUUCUCGGGCCCAGGCGGUGGUGCCGGUGGUGCAUCCUUCAGCUCUUUCAGCAGCUCCAUGGGCGGCGGGCAUGAUGACCAGCACGACGACAACCACCAGGACACCUGGAUUGUGAACGGUCAGAAGGUCACAGUCACCGAGAAGACGGUCCGCAAGCCGGAUGGUACGGUCGAGACCACAAGAAGCGAGUCCAACGGGGAUGCAAACGGCGCAAGCGGUGCAGGAAUGCUCGGCUCCGGCUUCGACAGCUUCUUUGGAGGCGGUGGCAGGCAGCAACCUUUCGGCCUCGGAUGGUCGGGAUCAUAA